UUAAGUUUGAUAAGAUUCGUAAACAUUGCCCGUGUCGCUUUUACUUUUGAUUGAUUUCCUUGAAUAUUCUGUAAUUAUAGUUCCCUAAAAAAGGAGGAUUGUAAACUCUAUCUUUUCCUCAUCCUUGAGACGCUUUGGUGUGCUAGUUUUCGCAUUUUCAAUGUCAUCCAAUUUGAAAUUAAUUCCCAGUUAGUAUUCUGUGCCGAUCCAUCAGUAACCUACCAGUAACUUUCCCUUUUUGUUUUGAAUACUUUUGAAGUACAGCAGCAGAAAUGUCUGAAGAGAAGAAAAUUACCUCAUCGAGUGAUCAAAAAGUGAACCCCAUCAAAGAUUUCAUCAGUGGUGGAGCGGGUGGUGUUUGUGCUGUUCUGAUCGGACAUCCUCUUGAUACCAUCAAAGUUCGUCUUCAAACUAUGCCACAAGUAACGGCAGGGCAGGCGCCUCUUUAUGCAGGAACAUUAGAUUGUGCAACAAAAAUCAUCAAAAAAGAAGGACCUUUGGGACUUUAUAAAGGAAUGGCAGCGCCAUUGACAGGAGUAGCACCAAUUUUUGCCUUAAGUUUCUUUGGGUUUGGCGUUGGGAAAAAAAUUCAACAAAAUAACGAAAAUGAACAGUUAAGUACAAGUCAACUUUUUUAUGCUGGAGCUUUUGCCGGAGUUUUCACAACCGUCAUCAUGGCUCCUGGUGAAAGGAUUAAAUGCCUCUUACAGAUCCAAGAGGGUUCAAAUGCCAAAUACAAAGGCCCUAUUGAUGUUGUAAAACAUUUGUAUAAAGAAGGAGGAAUUAGGAGUAUUUUUAAAGGCACUGCAGCGACUCUACUAAGAGAUAUUCCUGCCAGUGGAAUGUACUUCAUGACAUACGAAUCAAUAAAGAAAUAUUUAACACCUGCCGAUAGCCCGAACUCGGAUCCAGGAAUUUUCACAACUAUAUUUGCUGGCGGUAUGGCCGGUGUAUCCAACUGGCUGGUCGGAAUGCCCCCAGACACAUUGAAAAGUAGACUUCAAACUGCCCCGGAAGGAACGUAUCCUAAUGGCAUCAGGGAUGUCUUCAAAAAGCUAAGGAAAGAAGAGGGACUGAAAGCUCUGUACCGAGGGUGUGCACCCGUCAUGAUUCGAGCUUUCCCUGCCAAUGGAGCUUGUUUCGUUGGUUACGAAUUCGCACAAUCAGCUCUUGCAUGGGCAUUCCCAAACUGGUAGUAUUCAAUAAGUAUCUCAUAGAAUGUUUCCAUCUUCAGGCCAGUAAAUUCAUAACUCUAAUGCAAAAAGCAGAAAAAAAACUAUCCAGAGCCAAUAAAGAAAGCUGCUUCAAAUUUUUGCAAUAAUCAAGGUAAUGGAGAAUUUGCAUGCAAAUUUUUUAUUGCUUCAGCUAAAAGUGCUUAAAGAGCUUCACAGUAUUUUUUAAAAAAAAAUUCUGAAAUGGGA